AUGUCGACUCUCCGGGUUCCCUUGAUCAACGUCCCCAAUGGCACCAACUCCCCUCAUCGAGGUGCCCUUGCCUCAAUGAAACGUACACGCUCCAUCCAUGGCCAGGGGGAGAACUCAUAUACCCACCCUCCGCUAAAGAAGCAGAUGGUGGAGAAGGACGAAUAUGAGUUGACUAGCAGGUUUCCACAAAAGGCAACCGUGGUUAGUACGGAGGGAAAGGUGUUUACGCGCAAAAACACCAAUUCUCAACCCACUGCCUUCGAAAAGAAACUAGUUGCGGUUAGGGAUAAGGACAGGAAUAAUACACUACGAGGCGCUAAAUAUGAUAGGACUGGGGGAGAGACCGUAGACACUAUCCGCCAGUGGCAGAAGCAUUAUCGCAAGGUGUUCCCCCAGUUCGUAUUUUACUUUGAGAGCAUACCUGAAGAUGUCAGGAACAAGUGCUCAAGACAUAUUAUGGCUCUUGGUGCAACUGAAGAGAAAUUUUUUUCCAAAAUCGUGACACACGUCGUAACUGCUCGCCCAAUUCCGCCGGAAAUUGACACCCCAAAUUCCACGGAACUAUCAACAGGACAAGUACCCCCCGUUAGCCAAUUCAAUGCAGAUGGACCUAUCCAAACUGUUGACCCGUCGCUUUUGGACAAGAACACCGAAAACACUCAAAAUAACCAAGGGAUAGGGAGAUCGAAGAAAGCAUCUGACAAACGUGCAGGCCAAUUAGAUGGUGAUGGGAAAAGGGACAACAAGGACGUCUUAUACCGGGCGAGGCAAAUGAACAUGAAAAUAUGGGCCCUGGAGAAACUCCAGCGUGUGAUAUCAACAAUGAACGAUGGGAACGCUACCUCCAGUCAUAGUCAUUACACACGUAGCAAUGGCACAGUCUCUGGAACUGGAAGAGGGAGGGCAGAAACUGACUUGUCACAAGUCCUUCGAAACGAGCGCCUUCACGGACCCGCUGACCGGGACUCUAUUCUGGCGUCCAAGGAAGUUAUUCCUUUCAAAGGACCAUUUAUAUAUGUCCACGAUUUCGAGGAAAAGACUCGGCCAGUUAUGGUUCGCGAGUAUCCGAAAGUAGCCAAGCGACAGGACGGAGCAUGGCCACAGUUUCGGAGUGCUGCGUUGGGUAAGUGCCCAUUUAUCGAUGAACCACUAUCUAAAAAGGAAUUGGAGAAGCGGAAAGCUGUUGCCCAUCAAGCAAAGGAGAAGGAACCUGCCCCAACGACGAAGUCCAAGGAAACUGUGGAAGUGAAAGCGAUGCGCCCCCCCGAACGUUCAGUUGAGAAACAAGCUGUACAAGGGGCAGAGGGAAGGGCAACCCAGCACCAGACACGGGAAGGACCAAUGCCUGCCCCAAAGCGGGUUGAGUCUCUAUUGAUGUUGCCUAAAAAACCAGCUUCCCCUCGGGGUAAAGGCCUAGAGACAUUCCCCGGCACCAAGACCUCGCUCGCAACAUACCUCGGACGCGAACCGGCAGCAUCUGGCGUCCAACCAUCGAACAUUACGUCAGCUAUCAGGUCCCAGAUGAUAUCAUCCACCGCAGCAGCUCCUGGUGCAAAAGCAGGAACAAGCAAAGAGGUGCACGAAUUGAAGAGGAAGGUUCUAGAGAAAGGGAAUAAUCCCCUAUCAAUGAAUGUGAUGACAUCUUCGCAUAGGAUGACGGAUAUUUCUGGUGCGCUUAAAGCCAGCAGGGCUCCCGUGACAAGAGGAGCGAAGACUAAAGCUCACGGAAACCUUGAUCACAUUGAUGAGGACGGCAUGACUCAAUCGGAAGAGGAGAAGGCCCAGAAAGCCUUGCAGGCCGGCAAGAAGAGCAGCAACACAGAGCAGCCCAAGCAAAAGAAACGUGAUCCGAAGCCGGGAUACUGUGAGAAUUGCCGUGACAAGUUCGAUGACUUCGAAGAGCACGUAAUGACGAGGAAGCACCGAAAGUUCGCAUUGACUCUCUCCAACUGGACUGAGUUGGAUGAGUUACUCCGCUCUCUUAAACGCUCUCGUAAGCGCCUCCUACCUGACGAUGAAGAUAAGUGGUAA